GGUGCGUUUCUCCUCCCCCCGCAGAUUAUUUUAGCCCUCGGAAACUACAUGAACAGCAGCAAAAGAGGAGCAGUUUAUGGGUUCAAGCUUCAAAGUUUGGACCUGCUCCUCGACACCAAGUCGACGGACCGCAAGAUCACGCUGCUGCAUUACAUCGCUAACGUGGUGAAGGAGAAAUACACGCAGGUCUCCUUCUUCUACAACGAGCUGCACUACGUGGAGAAAGCGGCAGCAGUGUCGCUGGACAACGUCCUGCUGGAUGUGAAGGAGCUGCAGAGAGGCAUGGAGUUGACCAAGCGGGAGUACAGCAUGCACGGCCACAACACCAUGCUCAAGGACUUCAUCGCGCACAACGAGAGCAAGCUGAAGAAGCUGCAGGACGACGCCAAGAUCGCGCAGGAUGCCUUUGACGAAGCCGUCAAGUUCUACGGGGAGAGUUCCAAAACCACGCCGCCGUCCGUCUUCUUCCCCGUGUUUGUGCGCUUUGUCAAGGCCUACAGGGUGAGAAUCGCGCAUCCGCACUGAACCGAAAACACG